AUGAGUUCGGCGCCAAUGAAGCAGUACUUUGACCUGCUACCGAAUCAGCUCAGAAAGUUCUUCAUAAGAUACCCUCCGGGUCUCAAGUACAGCAAUAAACCAAGUUCAACGAAUGCGCCGGAUGCAAACCCGUUUCUGCCUAACAAGCAUCCUGUUACAGGAAAAUAUCACAACCCGAAAUACUCGCUGAGAAGGAUGAGCGAGCUGUAUAAAAGUGCCUAUGAAUACGGGCUCCACGAACUUUUACCUCCAAGCAACAAAUUGUUCUACGAGCAGAAGUACGAACAGAAAAAGUUCAUGAAGGGCGUUUUGUUACCAAAGGGCCACAAGCAUGAGUUAGCACAAUCAGCAAAGCUGCGUACGAUGAAGGAGGCAAUCAAGAAUGCUGACGACUAUAUUUUGGAGGUCAAGGGUCGCAAGUACGCUAAUAAAUUGGAAAAACGGAAACAGGGAAGGACCCCCAGCUGGUUUUAA